AUGCACACGCGGCGCGCGACGCCCGACGAUGGGCCGGCGAUCUCGGCGCUGAUCACGAACUGCGGCGGCACGCCCAAGUACCGCAAGCGCUUCGGGACCUUCAACGUGGCGAACCUGCUCGAGAGCGGCUACCUGGCCUUGGUCGUCGGCGACCGCGACCUCGCGUCGUCCGAGGGCCACCAGAUGCUCGGGUUCCUCGUCUUCAGCGACGGCCCGCGCGGCGCGCCCCACGCCGCCGAGCCCUGGCUCGCCGCGCUGUCCGCGGCGCGCUUCGCGCCCGGCAAGGGCCCGACGAUCGGCGACGCGGUCUGGCUCGAGUUCUGCGUCGCCGAGUCCGGGUCCGCGGGGCGGGCCGUCGUCGAGGCGGCGACGACGGCGGCGCUCCACGCGCUCCCGGCCGUCGACCACGUCGUCCUCGCGCUCGGGGGCAAGGAGGACGUGCCCGCGGAGUGCGCGGGCCUCUUCGGGCGCCUGGAGCCCGUGCCCCGGGGCGACGGCGAGCCGGACCCGGCGCUGGAGAGCCUCUACAAGUCGACGCUGGCCUACUGCGGCCGCGAGGCCCUCGUGCCGACGCUGUUGAUUCGCGCGGCGUGCGUCGAGGACAGCGACGACCUGCUGCCCAUCUUCGAGCAGCAGUCGGAGGUGCUGUCGGCGAACUUUGGGGACUUUUUUCUCGCGGAGAUGAUCGAGGCCCAGGACGACAUGAACCGCGCCGUCGUCGCGACCGUGGACGGCCGCGCCGUCGGGCUGCUCGCCGCGUCGACGGACAUCGACGUCGCGAUGCUCCAGAAGUGCUUCCAGCUCGAGCCCUACGGGAACCUCGUGGCGACUGCGGGGCCCGAGGCGCCGGCGGCCGAGGCGCCGCCGCCGGACGAUGACGGUGGCGUCGCCGACGCCGCGGCCGCGCCCGCGGCCGCGCCCGCGCCGGCGGCGCCCGCGGCGUCGGCGCUCGCCGAGGCGCCCGCGGUCGGCGCGGCCGCGGCGCCCGGCGCGUCCAACGUGCUCGCCAUCACGUUGUUCUGCCUCGACGAGGCCCACGAGUGCCGCGCGCGCGACUUCUUCCCCUCGGUCUUCGCGCUCUUCCCGGGCCGCGACUACUGCGUCGUCACCGCGCCGCCGACGAUGAAGGCGUCCGCGCCCUUCCUCAAGGACUUUGUCGCCGUGCCGAGCCGCCUCGGGUCCACGUUCUCCCACACGCUCUUCCUGCUCCACCGCGCGUCGCUCGUCGCCGCGGAGCAGCUCCGCGUGCGGCGCUUCGACCCCGCGGUCCACGCCGCGCCCGCGGCGGCGUUGUUGGCGUCGCGCGGCGACGACGCGGUGACCGCGGACGGCGAACCGGCGCCGACGCCGGACCAGAUCGUCGCGGGUUUGGGCGCCGACUUUUCCGUGCCCCUGGAGGAGGGGCCGAACGCGGCCGCGUUCGUCGCCGUCGUCGGCGGCGCCGUCGUCGCCGUCGUCUCCGUGUCCCGGAAAGCCGCGUCGACGAACGUGCUCAACUGGCUCAAGGCGAACUACCACAUCGAGGACUUCGUGCCCUUCGAGCGCCACCGCGCGCGGGCCCAGGCGUCCCUGGGGCUGCUCGUCGUGAACCCCAUCUUCGCGGCGCACGCGCGCUUCGUAUUGAAGGAGGUCAUGCGGCUCUACGACAAGACGGUGCUCUACCACGAGUCGGCGCUCGGCGACCGCAUGCCGCCCCUCGUGCUCAAGGAGCUCGUGCCCGUGCGCGCGCGGUGGCGGCCGACGCCCGAGCCGGGCGGCGCCUUACUGCUCGAGCACCGGCCCAAGGGCGACGACGAGCCGCCGCCGGCGGCGGCCGCGGCCGGCGACGACGACACGGCGACGGUGGGCAGCGCGUCCGCGGCCCGGGACGGCCCGCCGCCGCGCGCGCGCGGCGAGCUGCUCCACUACUUCACGCGGCGCUUGGCGUCGGACCGCAAGGCCGAGGUCCACGCGCGCGUCGUCGUCGUGGGCCUGAGCUGCUGCGCCGUGGGGCUGCUCCAGGAGCUGCUCUUUGAGCCGGGCCUCCACCUGAGCCACGUGACGUUGGUGAGCCCGAAUGGCGUGCCGGACCCGGAGCACAGCGGCGCGAGCCGCUACGAAGCCUUCGACGAGGACUUCCCCGCGCGGUUCCAGUUCGAGGCGCUGGGCCUGGGCCAGCGGCUGCGCGUCGUCCACGCGCGCGUCGUCGAUUUAGAUCGGGCGAACAAGGCCGUGGUGCUGCCCGACGGCGCCAUCGUGCUCUACGACGUCCUCGUGCUCACGAACGGGCUCCAGGAGUCGUCGGCGAAGCGCUUGGCGCGGAGCGCGGGGCCGGACUUCGCGGGGGGCCUGGCGCUCCUCGGCGACGACGGCGUCCACGGCGACGAGUUCGGCGACGGCGAGGUCAUGCGCGUGGACUUGGGCGAGGCCGGGCCGGGGCCCGCGGCCGCGCCGCGCGCCGACGCGCCGACGUCGACGGCGGGCGCGCUCGGCGGCGUCGAGGGCGGCCGCGGCGGCGGCCGGCCGCCGCCGUCCCUCGAGGGCUUCGUGAGCCUGAGCCAGGACGACAUGCUCGGGGCGCUCAAGGUCGAGCUCGCGCGGGGCCGACACCUCAGGGGCGUCGCCGUCUUCGGCGUCGGCGUCGGCGCGCUCGCGGCCGUCCGGGGCCUGCUGGACGCGGGCGUCGACGGCGAGCAGAUCCAAUUGGUCGUGCCCGCGGACGCCCUCGAGAGCCUCGGCGACGCCGUCGUGGACCGGGUGGCGGCCGCGCAGCUCACGGAGGUUGGCGUCCGCGUGCUCUACGACCUCGAGCUCCGGCGCCUCGUCCACGACGCGGAGACGGGCGAGCUCGAGCGGGCCCGCCGCGCGCAGCAGGACAUGACCGUCGACGUCGAGUGCGGCAUUUUGCUCGGCGCGGACGCGGACGACAUCACUUCCGAUUUAUUCCUCGCCGUCAACGAGGCGGGGCUCGUCUACGACGGGCGCCUGGUGGUGGACGCCCAGUUCCGCACGACGGACAAGUCCAUCUACGCGGGCGGCCGCCACACGAAGUUUUCGAACGUGCACCGCCGCGCGAUCGCCGCGCGCGGCGGCGGGCCCACGGCGCUCUACCACGAGCGCUACAACUCGCUGGAGCUCGGCGCCCACCUGGCGCGCUGCGUGCUCGACCGGCUCGACCCGCGCGUCGACCCCGUCGAGGCGCCGCCGGACGCGCUGCCCGAUUUCGGGAAGCCGCGGACGCGGUCCGCGAAGCUCCCGGGGGGGCUCUUCUACUGCCGGUCGUCGCUCCCCGUGGUCCCGCCGGACUGCAAGUGCCUGCCGACGGGCAUGCUCGGCAACGACCGGGCCAACGCGCUGCUGGACGAGGCCGCGGCCGCGGACGACCCGGAGGCGGCGCUCGACGGCGCCGUGGGCGUGCGGUCGUUGCGGGACCUCGCGGCGGCGCGCGACAAGUACAGCGUGCUCAAGAUCGACAAAAACGGCGUGUUGGCGGAGAUUGUGUACCUCGGCCGCGAGCCCGUGGAGCCGCGGAAUUUGGCCGCGCUCGUCGGCAACCAGGAGGCGUACCUCAACUCCGCGUGGCUCUCCUACGAGCGGGGCAUCGUCGACGACUGGAUCGCCUUCUUCCGCUCCGACUGGUGCUCCGCGCUCAAGCACGACCGCUUCGCGGACCUGCAGCGGACGUUGGCGGACAUGAUCGACCGCGACGAGGGCGCGCGCGACGUCGUGUCCAUGCUCCUCGCGGGGCUCGACGCGGGCAAGGACGACGAGACCCUGCGCCAGCUCCGCGCCAAGGCCGUCGGCGUCGGCGGCUCGAACCUGCCCAAGGAGACGCGCCAGCUCCUCGAGACCGCGGUUCUUGGCUACCUCCGCAAGAACCGGACGCUGUUGCCGCGCUUCCUCCUCCCGGAGAAGCCCCACGGCAAGGCCUCCGUCGUGGCGCCCCCGUGA